ACUGUAAACUGUGAGCUUAUUGAGCGUCCACGAAUUUACUACUGACACCAUAUUUGGAAAGAAAAUUUAUAAUAAAAUCCAGUAAACAUUGACUAUUGCCAGUGGUGGAGGCGAAAAAUUCAUUAAUAGCUUUCAAUCCUUGCAUGAGCGACUCCGAUUGCGAAAGUCUUGAAAAUGCCGUGUGUAUUAAUCAUUUUUGCCAAUGUAACGGUAGUAAAUUUUGCGAAGAAAAAUUGCAAACAAAAGUCACGAAACUGGGAGAAAAUUGCAAGAUAGAAGCGGACUGUAACAUCAAACAUUCUGUAUGUGAAGAUGGAAAAUGCAAAUGCGAGGAUGGAAGAGUAGGAAGUACGGAUGUUAGAACGUGUUUAAAAGUCGCUGAUGGUUUGGGCAGUGACUGUGAGGACAGAGUACAGUGUUUCACAAAAAUACCGCAUACGAUUUGCAAAAAUGAAAAAUGUGCCUGUCAAGAGAAAACACAUCAGUUUAACGGCACUUGCUUUGAGGAUAUUGCUUUAGGUCAAAAAUGCAACCACCCAGGCGAAUGCACAAUAACUCCCUUUGCCAAAUGCAUGGAUGGAGAAUGUAUUUGCAAAGAAGGCUACGUGCCUAACUCUGCUGCUACAAAAUGUUUGGAAAUAGCUAAUAGAAUUAACGAUCCGUGCUACGAAGAUAUCCAGUGUAUUACCAAAUUUGGACCAGCCAUUUGCAAACAAGGAUUUUGUAUGUGUGAAGAUAUGUACAAGUUCAAAUUGGCCAAGGGGAUAUGUAUCAGAGAUAUACUUUUGGAUGAGGCGUGCCAGUUUAACACUGAUUGUAAAAGCAUAGACCAAGAAAGCAGGCUAGAAUGUAUUUUGGGUAAAUGCAAGUGCAGAUCAGAAUAUGUCGAAAAAUUAGGUUCUUGUACGAGUUCUGCUGCCUAUAUUCUUGAGCAUACAAUGUUAGUCAUAUUUUUGUCUAUUAUGCACAUACAUGUUUUCCAAUAACUUAAAUAUUGUACAUUUUAGUUAUUGUUUGUUUUUAUAAUAAUCAAGUGGGCCUUUAUAAGCUAUGCCUAUACCAAGGCCUAUACUAAAAAUGCAAAUUUUAAUUAAGAAACUAUUUAUAUAUUAUGUUUAUAAUAGCUUAUAAUUUGUUAUUAAAUUUUUAUGUUUGAAAAAA